AUGAGCUCCUCAUCAACGUCCCUGCCGCUUAUGGAAUUUCCUAAGAAUUCUUUGUCUCCCGCACCCGCGGCUGAGGUGAAACGGACUCCAGCAUCCGAGAAGUAUACGCAGCAAGCGACAUUUUCUCAAAGACGAUAUGUGACCGUUCUCCCUCCAAAGUUGAGGGAACAGCCGUCUCGUCCAGACUCUAAGUUUCCACAGGCUCCUCUCCCACUGCCUUCGUUUCAGGAAAACAAGGCUCGUCUCCCCAGGCCACUGUCGACGAAUCCGCCACUCUCACAAUCUCGAUAUGUGACGAUGCUCUUAGAGCUUGAUGAGAUUCCACGUCGCCACAACUUCUAUGCCAGCCUAUUGACGUGGUUGAUCCUGGCUGGAUACAUUGUAUUCCCGGGCACGUUUACCUCUCUCAAAAGCUCCAAUUCGGUGCAAGAAGCGGCAAGCGAGACUCAUGCAGGGAAAAUAAUUCUAGACAGCGUUCAGAAUGCCUCGCUCCUCUGGAUAGCAGGAGCUUGCUGUCUCUUUGGAGUCGUUGGCAUCGCUUUACUCUGGAAAAGAUGGAAGAGGAACUACAUUUGGUUGGUAAAUCGAAUAUUCUUGCCAACUCUGCUCAAUGCCAUUCUCGGUCUCGUCAAUACACUGAUCAAUGUGUACACCGCUAAGGACGGGAACUGGUCCGUGACUGCGACCAUCACGGUUACAAUAACGAGUGCGUGUGCAGGGAUAAGCUUGAUUUUAUUUCUGGUCUAUAAUAAUUGGUUAUUGCAUCAAGUCAAGAAGGACCACGAUGCUCAGAUGGGUAAUGAGGUUGGAACAGAAAGGUCAUCAUGA